ACCUAAUUGAAAAUAAAGGAUCUUGGGGAUCACGCCUUCCGAACGGGUCCUGGACUGGAAUGGUUGGGAUGUGCGAACGUGGGGAAGUGGACUUCGCUCUCGGGCCCAUGGGCAUCAACAUAGAACGAGCAGAGGUCAUGGAUUUCAGUGCACUGCUCUUCAUGGACCAGCAGAUUAUUGCCUAUAAACGUCCAAAACUUCAACCGGAGUUGGCUGGCUUCAUCAGGCCUUUCACGGUGCAGAUAUGGGCAAUGAUUGCCCUUGGAUUUAUUACGAUCAUAGGAGCUACCAGCUUCUUUCUUAUUACUCUGUCGAAGUUGCAGUACUCCCUCCAAGGAAUAAGAGAAAAAGAUGGUGGACUCCACGGGAUAUCGCACAUUAUUCAGAUCGCCACAUGGGCUUACGGGUUAAUGCUUACCCAACCCAUGGGAUGGUUUCCAGGAACUAACACUGGGAGGCUUGUGGGAGGAGUGUGGCUUCUGUCAUCUCUAAUCAUUGCAAUCGUGUACAGGAGUAACCUCAAGGCCAUGCUCAUCAUUCCUAAAGUGAAUCUUCCUUUCAACAACUUGGAGGAAAUGGUAGCGCAGGACGAAAUGCCAUUCAUACUGAUGGGCGGCAGCGUUGUCUACAAUACACUCAAGGAGGCUCCUGAGGACUCUCUUUUUGGACGAGCAUGGAAGCGUCGGGCAGGAGAAGCAUGGACAUAUCAAGAAGGGUUGAAGAUGAUUUUACAGGAUGGUAAUGCCAUUAUAGUAGACAAAACCACCGUCCAAAGCAUUCUACACACAUCCUUCUCGAAGACACUGUCCUGUCCGUUGUGGUUGACGAGGGAGGCGAUUGUUAGCUACGUACUGAGUCUUGGUUUCCCGAAAAAUUCAGCCUUGAAAUCAAAAAUGGACCCAGUAAUACGACGACUUGGAGAAUCUGGCCUCAUAAAUUAUUGGAUGCGCCUCCAGCUUUUAAAUGCCACCUAUUGUUUGGUUCAACCGGGUACAGAACCUUCAGAACAACGGCCCCUUCAACUCCAGGAUUUUUACGGAAUUUUUUUCUUGCUUAUAGCUGGAGAAUGCCUAUCACUGACAGUAUUCCUGUGUGAACUUGGGCAAGGAAAAGAAAAACUUUGUGACGAACGUAAAAUAAAUUAAACUUGCA